CCGUCUCUGCGGCUGCGCGGGCGGGGGCGGGAUUGGUCCCGCUCCUCUUUUGCCAGAGCGAAGUAGCUUCUGCCCGCCUCCGGGCCCGCCGCUGCCUGCCGCCUGCGGUUGAAGCCGCUUUUCCGACACCGUCGCUCCUUCCGUUGCUUGGUGCGCGGCGUCUCUUGCGCGGCCCCGCCGCCAGCAGUAACCCCAGUCCUCCCUCGGAAGCUGCGGAGCCCGCCGAAGACCCCGCGCUGCGGAGCCCGUUGCUGGCCCGCUGGCGGUCAAGCAGGCAGAUAUUAAUAAAGCAGCGGAAAGAAGAAAUAUGAAUAAGGCUCCCUCAAGGUCCAGCCCAGCACGAAGAGAACCCUUACCGUAUGGGGAGAGAGAUGGCAGACGUGAUCGCUCUCCUAACCGGUGCAGUCCACGGAGAGAAGCUAGAGAUGGCAGGAAUGGCAGAGAUUCCAGGGAUGCACGGGACAUUCGUGUUAGAGACAUGCGCAGUGGUGCCAGAGAUCCCAGAGACCUGAGGGAUCCCCGGGAUCCACUCUAUGAUCGCUAUAGGGAGCCUCCCUACAGGCGAGAUGAAGGCUGUGACCAUUUCUUGCGCUCUGAUGACUAUUAUCGAAGGAGGGAUGACCCAUACUACGAUCGUUACCGAGAUCACUUGGACAGGCCCCCCUUGAGUGCUGAAGAACGUAUGAAGCGUGAGGAGCGGCGCCGAGAAGAGCUUUACCGCCAGUUCUUUGAGGACAUCAAGAGGCGCAUUGAUGCUGAGCGGCCUGUGGACUGUUCUGUGAUUGUGGUCAACAAGCAGACCAAGGAGUAUGCAGAGUCAGUGGGGCGAAAGAUUCGUGAUCUUGGUAUGAUGGUGGACCUGAUAUUUCUCAACUCUGAGAUGUCUCUGCAGCAAGCCCUGGACGACGUGAGCCGAGGGGGUUCUGCUUUUGCCAUUGUCAUUACCCCGCAGCACCAGGUCCACCACUCCUGCACGGUCAACAUCAUGUUUGGCACUCCUCAAGAGCACCGAAAUAUGCCGCAGGCUGAUGCCAUGGUGCUGGUGGCAAGGAACUACGAGCGCUACAAGACUGAGGUCCGGGACAAAGAGCGUGAGGAGAUUGCCAGGCAAGCAGCCAAGAUGGCUGACAAAACAAUUCUGCAGGAGAGAGAACGCCCCCCACCAGCUGAAGAGGGUCUCCGAGGAGGCCAUCCCCCAGGCAUCCAGGCACUCCUAAACUUGCUGGCAGACAAUCGCUACUUGACUGCUGAAGAGACUGACAAGAUCAUCAACUACCUGAGAGAGCGCAAGGAGCGGCAGUUGCGAGCGAGUGCAGACUCCCUUCCUGGUUCACUUCCAAGGCAGGCCCUUGGAGCGCCUACAGGGUCCUCCUUGGCUACCUCAGCCAGCCUGCCAAGCUCCCAGACGCAUCAGAAUACCCAGGCCCUGCCCCCGCCUGCCUCAGCCACAGUGGCUUCUAACCCCCAGCAGGAGCUGCAGGCCAAGAUCCUCAGCCUUUUCAACAGUGGGGCCGCAGCUGCAGCAGUCGCCGCUGUAGCCAACAGCAGCUCCGCUGUGGGAGCAUCGCAGAAUGCCGGUUUUGCCACAGGGCCUAGCGCACAGAACCGGGCUGCCCAGCUCAAUGCUGUUGCCGCUGCUGGGUUAAACCCGUCCCAACAGCGGGCUCCGGCCCAGGGCCCCCAGUUCCCUAGUCACCCUGGUUCCACCAGGGGUGCUGGCCCAAGAGCCACAGCUCCGCAACCAUCCCAGCCACUGUACCAGAACCGGCCCCCUGCUCCCAGCAGUGCUCCUGCCUCGAGGCCAACGCCUUCCGGGAUCAACUUUGACAACCCCAGUGUGCAGAAGGCCCUCGACACCCUGAUCCAGAGCGGACCUGCCCUCACGCACCUGGUGAACCAGACUGUGGGUCAGGUCCGGGCAGUUCCUGCAGCCCAGCAGCCACUGGGCUCUUACCAGCGGCAUUACUAAUUGCCAGCGGAGGCUGUUGCUGAAUGAUCUUCUUUGUGCAUGUCUCUCCCCAGCCCCCCCCCCUCGCCCAGGCUGGAGAAGGCUGUGCAGCUCCUGUCCCCCUUCCUCACGAGUCUUGUUGGAGCUGCUCUGCCUCUUUCCUCCCAGAAUCCUUCAGCAGCCCCCCCCCCCCCCGCAGGUCAUGGUGUGUUGAUCCAGGGGGGUGAUAGACCUGUUACUCUUAUUUCAGAUCUUCUGGAGGUGAGGGUUCACCCAGAGCCAGCAAGGGUCAGUGUGGGCUUAGUCAGUGGACAGAAGCCUGUUCUUUUAUGACACGAGCUGUAGGUUAUGGGGGACCUUGCUCAGGGGCUCAUUUGAGGGAACCUGCCUGUGGCUUUUUUUAAUUUAAAAAAAUGCUGCUCCAGGCUCUGCAGUGCAUCUUGGCCAUCCCUGAAAUGGUUCAGAUGUUUUCUGUUGGGUGCUACAGCUGCCCCCCUUUGAUGUCCCGUUGUACAAACUGGAAAGUUAGUUUUUAUUGGAAGUCUUAUGUUGAUUCCUUUACAGCUGUAAUGUCCUGUCCAGUGGUUCUUUGGGGGUCAUUGCUUUUCCCUGCUUCCUGGGGCUGUAGAUGUUCUGUUCCUGAAUGGUUUUGUCAUGUAGAUUCCUCUGUACUGUUAACAAGAGGACACCACUUUUUAAUUACAAAAAUAUAUACGUAUAUAUAUUAAAAAAUAAAA